GAUUCGGGGUUGAACCGGAAGUGACGGCACCGGACCGGAAAUAGUGCUCGGACCGGAAGUGAAGGGGCCUAACCGGAAGUGAGGCGCUGCGGAGCGGACGGCGGCGGCGGCGGCGCCGGCCAUGGGGGAGCCGAGUGACCUGGACCGUCAGAUCGAGCAGCUCCGUCGCUGUGAGUUGAUCCGGGAGAGCGAAGUGAAGGCGCUGUGUGCCAAGGCCAGGGAGAUCCUGGUGGAGGAGAGCAACGUGCAGAGGGUCGACUCGCCCGUCACUGUGAGUUAUGGGGGGAUAUAGGGGGAGAUAUGGGGAUCUAUGGGGAGAUAUGGGGAUCUAUGGGGCUGGAGGGGGAUAUGGGGGGAGAUAUAGGGGAUCUAUGGGGAGAUAUGGGGAGAUUUUGGAUCGCCGGAUUUCUACAGCGUCGAGACCUACUUGUGGGUCUGUGUGUUCCAGGUGCGCUACCCGGACCGCAUCACGUUGAUCCGCGGGAACCACGAGAGCCGUCAGAUCACGCAGGUUUACGGCUUCUACGACGAGUGUCUGCGCAAAUACGGCUCCGUGACCGUGUGGAGAUACUGCACCGAGAUCUUCGACUACCUCAGCCUGUCCGCCAUCAUCGACGGCAAGAUCUUCUGUGUGCACGGCGGGCUGUCUCCGUCCAUCCAGACCCUGGACCAGAUCCGCACCAUUGACCGCAAGCAGGAGGUGCCGCACGACGGACCCAUGUGCGACCUGCUCUGGUCCGACCCCGAAGACACCACAGGUUGGGGUGUGAGUCCCCGCGGUGCCGGGUACCUGUUUGGCAGCGACGUUGUGGCUCAAUUCAACGCGUCCAACGACAUCGACAUGAUCUGCCGGGCCCAUCAACUCGUCAUGGAGGGAUACAAGUGGCACUUCAGUGAGACCGUAUUGACCGUAUGGUCUGCCCCUAAUUACUGCUAUAGGUAAUGGGGUUAUAUGGGGUUAUAUGGGAUCU